CUCCAGAUUAGGGUUUCGUUCUGAAGAGGCCAGCAUGAGGGCGUGAUCCGAAUCAUCCGAUCCGCAUUGCAUGGUGUUCCAAGGGUGUUCCUUGCCAAGGUUAUUCUGGCUUUCAUUUCUUCAUCCCCCUGACCAUCAUCUUCUCCUGGACCAGCUUUGAUAACCUUAUCGAAAUUCAUUAUUAUCCAAGCGCAUACGUAGACAUUUGUUUUCGGAUCAGUCCGCAUUCAAAUGGGCGCCGCAAUGCAGCUUGGGCAGCUGUCUCGCUGGAGCCUCUUCAAUGGUGCUUCUUUCUGCAGACAUCAUGUGAGGAGACAACAUAGCAUUCGAGGCUACUCAAGUGCAGCAGAUCCCACUUCCGCUGGUGGGGUCUCGCUCAUUCAAGGGGCGUCCAGGGGACUGGGACUAGAAUUCGUCCGACAGCUGCUUGAGACCCGGCCAGACGAAUCAGUGGUUGCCACAUGUCGCAAUCCAAGUGGUGCAGAGCAGCUGCAGGAGCUUGCAAGGGCCCAUUCAGACCGCCUCACAGUCCUCCCACUAGACGUGACAGCAGAGGGCUCAAUACAGGAAGCUGCCAAAAGCGUGAAGGCCUCCCAUGGGAGAGUCGACCUGCUAGUCAACACAGCGGCAAUCCUUCACGUGCAAGGCAAGGUGCAGCCAGAGACGGCGCUGGCGAGAGUAACACCAGAGGCGAUGCUUCUCAGCUACCAAGUGAAUGCGAUGGGGCCAAUCCUAGUAGCAAAGCACUUCCACCAGCUGUUGAAAGCGGGCGGUGGAAAGGGCACCAGGCGCCCCGCGGCCGUGCUCGCGAACAUGAGCGCGCGAGUGGGGUCCAUCGGUGACAACCAAAUAGGGGGCUGGCACUCGUACCGGGCUUCGAAGACCGCGCUCAACCAGCUCUCGAAAAACUUGGCGAUCGAGUUCACCCGCCGCAAGGAUCCUAUUAUUGUGGUCAUGCUUCACCCAGGGACGGUGGACACCGACCUCUCAAAACCGUUUCAGAGGGGCGUCCCCGAGGGAAAGCUGUUCUCAAAGGAAAGGGCGGUGCGACAGCUCUUGGACAUCAUCGACACGCGGCAGCUGGAGGACAGCGGCCACUUCUUCGCUUGGGACAAGCAAGAGAUUCCCUGGUAGCAACACGACCCGGCGACGGUGCACUUAUUGCCAAGAUCAUGGCAGUUUCGCCGACAUAUUGGGUUCCGGAACGGUCCUCUUGAGCCGGGAGGUGGGGCCCACGGAAUUGUCGGAAACGGCCACGAGGGUGCCACGCUGUCUCUGCGGCCGCGUAGAUGUAGUUCUGCAGCCGUCAAGGUGAUUUGUACGCCGACAAUGCGCGCCGGCCGCCAGCUGGCAGCAGCGCCCGGCUUUGGCCAGAUGGGUGGGAAUCGCAUCUGGCAGCGCGCCGGCAAUAGAGAUGAGCAUUUCGAGGAAUCGACAUUGUCAAAACGUGCUGAAGAACGAGUUCCGAAAUAGCAAGGCUCAAAACAAGCGCGGCGCGCCAAGCCUGCCUUGAUUUGUUUCACCGAAUUGUAUGGUGUGCCCUCUGCAGUUGAUACCUGCAAAGCACGUGGCAAAGCUUGCC